AUGUCGCCACAAAAGAGGCUCGACGCUGUCCGUGAGAAGCGAUUGUGCUUUAACUGUCUGCAGUUCAGGAACCACACGGCAAAGAUGUGCAAGUUCCCAGCUAGGUGUGGUGUCAACAACUGCACUGGUAAACAUUCUAAGUUGCUGCACGCAGCAUUGUCAGCAGCUAGAGACAAGGUAUCAUAUUCGCAGAGCUCUGAUACCGUAGAACGUAGACAAGAUCGUGAAGAGGCUCAGGUGAAACAGGUGAAAGGUAUAGGCAGAGGUUUGUGCAAGGCUUUGGCUGAUUGUGGAGCACAUGUCAUAGCACUGAGCAAAAGUGUGGAGAACCUGCAUUCUCUGAAGCAGGAGAUACCUGGAAUAGAAAUAGUAGUUGCUGAUCUGGGAGACAGAGCACAGACGAGAAAGGCUAUAGAAGGCAUUUUGCCAAUUCAUCUCUUGGUAAAUAAUGCUGGAAUAUCGAAGCUGGCUCCAUUCCUUGAGGUACUACCAGAAGACUUUGACAGUGUAAUAGAUAUCAACCUACGAGCAGUUUUUGAUGUAUCACAAGUCGUCGCUAGAGACAUGGUGGCGAGGAAAAUGGGUGGAGCGAUUGUCAAUGUGUCAAGCAUGGCUUCGCAACGCGCGCUUCUCAACCACACUGCUUACUGCUCCAGCAAAGCUGGGCUGGACAUGCUCACCAAAAUGAUGGCUCUCGAGUUGGGACCGCACAAGAUACGAGUAAAUUCUGUCAACCCGAUUGUCGUAUUGACUGAAAUGGGUAAAAUGGCCUGGAGUGACCCAGCCAAGGCUGGCCCAAUGUUGAGUAGGAUCCCACUGCAACAAUUUGCAGAGGUUGAGCAUGUCAUCCAACCAAUACUCUAUCUACUAAGUGACAAAGCCCAAAUGGUCAACGGCACAACCCUUGGCAUAGAGGGUGGAUUUUGGAGCUGCUAAAUUGUCGUCGGACACAAACAACACUUUCGGUUUCAGCCAGGGUACUUUGAGUAGAGUAUACAGUGCUACAGGUAGUGACAUGCUAGGAGUUAUGCUAUAUACAGCCUAGGGUGUGAGGGGAUGACUAUGAUCAGAGAGGGUGUGAAGUAAACAUGAUAUGAUACAGCAUUGAUUUCAAGUAAAUCUAGCAUUUGAAGAUUAGUCGUUCGAUGGUUAUAUCAAAGAGCCUAUAUUGAUAUCAAUGUAGGCUCUUUGGUUAUAUCAGUAACGAAUAAAAACAUUUGUUUUUAUUCUCUCCUGUUUAUAUAUUAAGCACAAUGAAAAAGCAUAUAACUUUUUACAAUUUCCUUAGAGGAAUAAAUGCUCCUGUAGAAAACAUGUGACACUAAAACUGAAAUUAAUCAUGACGAUGAUAGUUUUACGAUUUUUACAUGUCUUCGUAAUAUUAUUUUAGUGAUGUAUGUAUUUAUACAUCAGGAGUAGAUAAUAGGCUACUCUAUUAUCUACUCCUGUUAUACAUACAGUCGGCACUAUAUUUUCCUGCUAUGUGUAAUUACGGCUUUGAAUAAAAUGAGUAAUAAUAUUUGUAUAAUUAAAUUCUUGGUAAAUAUA